AUGCCUCGACGUCAAGGAGUCUCUCGCUCCAUGUUCGCUUCGUUACCUUUCGAGCUGAAACAAACAUUACGAUCACAAUCGACUGAUCAUUUCGCCAACAAAUCAGCCGCCGAAUUACAAGUCAAAGCUGAGCGAUUACUGGAUCUGUCAACAGACGGACUGUUGUCGACUCAACCACCGAUCCAAUCAGAAAGUGACAGUGAUGAUGACGAGGGUCACCAGUAUCCGAUACACUUAGAUCUUGAUGGACCUAGUCAGAUUGUAAAACAGGUAGUAGUUCCACCACGAUCAGUGGAAGCUGGACCGUCCAAAUUACCAGUAACAAUAUCAACAUCAAAUACAAUAGUGAAAAGCAAAAGAGCUGAAUUACCUCUACCACAUCGUGAUCCUUAUACAUACCUGAACACUUCAUGUACAACGUCGGGAACAGCAACAACUCAUGCGAAAAGGAAGAAAGGUAAAAAACCAUUAGAAAAUCCUUUAAAUGCUUUUAUAGGUCAUCCAUUCGAUUGUACCGGAUUAGUGACAAGAUAUACAAACUAUACUGAUGUACCUGAAGAUUUAAUGAAAUAUUUCGCUCAAAGAAGAUUGUAUUUCCCUUUAUAUGAUCAUCUUCCUUUAUUAUUAGAUAGAACGGGAUGGUUCUCGAUUACUCCUCAACCUAUAGCUGCUCAUAUCGCUGAAAGAUGUGCAUGCGAUCUGAUCAUUGAUGCUUUCUGCGGUGUCGGUGGAAAUUCAAUUGAGUUUGCUAAAACUUGUGAAAGGGUCAUAGCUAUAGACAACGAUUUGACUCGACUCAAAUUAGCAAGACAUAAUGCUUUCCAUCAUGGUGUAGCAGACAGGAUAGAAUUCAUUCAUGGAGAUUUCAUCAGCUUUUCUAAAUCAUUCGCUUCUAGGGGUAAGGGCGAAGUCGUCGAUGUUGUAUUCUUAUCGCCUCCAUGGGGCGGCAUCGAUUACCUGAAUACACCAUCAGCGACAUUCCCUCUCUCAUCUAUUCUUCCUAUACCAGGAGACGACCUAUUCCACAUAACGGCUAGUCUAACUCCUAAUAUAGCAUAUUACCUACCUCGAAAUACAGACUUGAAGGAACUAUCUACACUUGCAAAGAGUCUUGAAUGUGUGCAUGAGAACGAUGGGAAUGGGAGACAGCGAGAAUGGGUAGAAGUGGAAGAAGAAUGGGUGGGGGAUAAAUUGAAAGCUAUCACUGCUUAUUUUGGUGGAUUGGUACUUGACGAUUAA